UUUGGGCACGCGAAAGGGGAUUGAUUUGGUGUGGCUUUAUUGAUAAUAUUCGACCUUGGAAAAUCAAGUGCAAUUCACACUCUAUUAGGCCUGCCUUUCUAAGGCACUGUAGUGGGGCGGUUUUUGGCACAUGGCUGUUGAUGGUUGCUUUGGGUUUUUUGGAAAAAUAGCCACCUUACAAUUUAAAAUUUGAAAAAUAGCAAAAAAAUUUUUUUUAAAAAAAUACUAACCACGAUUUUAUACAUUUGAACUAAAGUACCCUUAUUUAUGUUUUUUUUUUUUUUUUUGGUUCUUUUCUCUAUCAAAAUGCGUUGUCUUUUUUUUUUUUCCUUGUUUUUUGGUUUUUAUUUUCUCUACUUUUCCUUUUGAAAACGCAGCUAGGGCUCUUCGAAAAAGACCAUCUCAGUCGCCAUUUUCACCGAAAUCUUCCUCCCGUUCACCGACAUCGUCUUCACCCAUCGGUGGCUCGGCAAGAGUAGUUUAAUUGCGAGCCACCCAAAGCGAGAGAGAGAGAGAGAGAGAGAGAGAGAGAGAGAGAGAGAGAGAGAGAGAGAGAGAGAGACUAUAUCUUUGUCAAAUGGUUUACAGGUUCGUUAAUGGCAUGACCGUCAAGAUUUAGGGAGGAAAUUGUUGGGAAAUGGUUUCACCGAAGUCUCUCUCUGACUUCCUAGCUUUUCCUCUUUUUCAAGCUAUUUGUCAUCUUUUUCUUGGCUUGGAGAAUAAUAAUAAUAAUGAUGAAGAUUGCAAGAAAGUCUAAGGAACUGUUAGGAAAUUAUCAAUAACCCACUUGUUUCGGCGAGUUGUGUUCUGGGUCGAGCUUCUUUCAUCAGCUUAAGAGAUUCAAUGCUACUUUCUGGGUAUUUUCGGUUGUAUUGGUAGCUAUUUAAAUGGUUUCAGUGCUUCUCGAGACAGCAAAUGCAUUGGAGGAGCAAGUGAUGGAAUGAGUAGAAAAUUGAAGCACAAAAGUUGCCAUCGUUAGAGUUACAAGUGUAUGCUGAGAAAAUUAUACACACACUUACAGAGAUAGAGAAAGAGAGAGAGAGAGAUAUAUAAAUAGAUAGAGAAGCAUUCGUGGCCGUUUGUUCCCCAUUAAUAUAAAUGGAUUCAGAUUACCAACGAAGGUUUUGGGACUCGGAGAUAUCGAGGGCCAAGGUUAAUUGUAGAUCGAACUUCUGGAAAGCCGUGUCGGAUAUUAAGUUCAAGCUGACUCCAUCCCAAAUAAAGAAGUUCGAGGAUAGCUGUUUUGGCCACUUUUUGAAGGCCAACGAGAUACAAUUUAGUGGCCACAUCGUCAAUAGCAUGCUAUAUAGGCAAUGUGUUUGUGACGACAAGAAUUCUAUGGUAUUCAAUUUUGGAGGACGUGGUGCUAGAUUUACGCGGAGAGACUUCACCAUAAUUACAGGUCUACGGUUUGGUUACGAACCCAAUAGGCGAGUUAACAUCUCUACUCGUAUUAGUGACACGUAUUUUGGCGGAAAGCGAAAGGUCACUAACUCGGAGAUAAUCGAAGCUUUCAUGACCUCACAGUGUCAAGACGAUGAUGAAGCCGACGAUGAUAGAUUGAAGUUGGCUUUAUUAUAUAUCCUAGAGAUGGUUCUUCUAGGCAAAGAAAGCAUGGCCACCGCACCUCAUAAUCACUUGGAGAUGGUGGACGAUUUAGAAUACUUCAAUAACUAUCCAUGGGGUACUUUAUCAUAUACUACCACCAUUAGAUCGUUGAAGAGUGCUUUUGAGCAUAGAGAGUCUAUGGUUUUAAACAAGUCAAAGAGUUAUAGUCUUUGUGGGUUUCCUUUGGCUUUCAUGAUUUGGGGUUUUGAGACAAUUCCUUCGUUAAGUCAAGCAUUCGGAAAAAAGUUGCCGGACAUGGUAUUCCCUCGAAUUCUUAAUUGGUGUAUUUCACAAGUGCCAAGAUUUGAGAAGGCCACUGAACUCUUCGAUCAUCGUGAUUAUCCCGUUCAUGGCUUAAUGAAUAUAACUGAAUUUGAGUGUGCAUAUAUCGGCAAAAUUGCAUGGGAUGUACGUCAUGACAGUACUCCAUACAAUGUUGCACCUGCUGUCUGAGACAAGCCACCAUAGGCAAGUCAUGAUGAAAAAAAUGAAGGUCUUCCACUUACAAGAAGUGGAAGAAGUAAGAAACGAAAAGAGGUGUAUGUGGAAAUUAUGGGUAAAGGAGGGAGGCGACGAAUGGGAGAUAAGCCGACAAACCAGCCUUCAUCAUCGACUGCAGGAGUUUCUGCUCAUGUUCGUGUUAAACCAUCGACUCCAUCCCAACCUCCAACGACUCCAUCCCAUGAUGAGGUACUUUUGAGAGAGAGAUUAACUAUCCUUGAAGGCGAAGUGGCUAAUGUACGGCAAGACGUUAAGGAUUUAAGAAUCGCCAUGUUUAAAGAGUUUGCAAGUUUGGACACCAAGCUUGAUAAGUUAAUGAAGCACCAAGGAGUGGGAGUUGGUGCUGACGGGUUGGGAGAUGGGAUGGAAGCGGACGUUGAAGGGGAUGAAAAUAAAGAAUAGUUUGGUCCCGAUGCAACCCCUGUUGAUAGACAGUCACGUCCAUUUGUUGCAGACGAUGCAGGACCAAGUGUUACGAUUAUCGAGAAAGUGUCUCCAUCAAAGUUUCCUACCGGGAAACGUGUAAGAAAGGUAGCAGCUGCUAAGCAAAGGUUGGGCAGCAAAGGUUGAUAUGGACAUUUUCACUGCGGGUAAAGACUUUUUCCAGUUGCUUAUAACCAGUGAAAAGUGGCUGAAUCACGAUCAUAUGGAAGUCCUGCCUUACUUAUUUCGUGUAUGUGCCAAUCGAUUUCCUGAUGUUUUGAUCCUAGUUUUGAAGUGAUAGAUGGAGGAUUUUGGGUAUACAUUGAGCAGUGUUAUGGAAAGUUCCUCGCCAAUCCAUCUAACUUUCAAUUCUCAUUUGCAAUGUAAGAAUAUGUAUUAGGGAUUCGAAUGAAGAAGUUAAAGCCAUGGAAAUGCGUAAAUCAUUUGUUGAUUCCAUUAAACAAGCACAACAUACAUUGGCUGAUAGGACACGUGGACUUGAAAGAGCGUCGUAUGACUGUAUAUGACUCAGAUAAGGCUGGCAACCGAAACAUGGGAGAAAUUUAUUUCCAGAAAUUAUGCAUUAUGUUACCAUAUUUACUGCGGUCUGCAUCCUUUUAUGAGCAGCGACCGGAUCUUGUAGACUCCGUUGAUGAGUUUACAUGUGAAUUGGUACAAAAUUCCCCUCAGCAAAGUAACGGUGGUGACUGUGGCAUGUUUACACUCAAGACCAUCGAGUUUUUACAUGCUAGAUUACCAGUGACAUUCACACAAGAUGACAUGGAUUUCUUUAGGAAGAAGUAUGCAUAUGAGGCUUACAACAAAGAACUAAGCAUAUGAGAUGGUUGGUGAUGCAUUUUUCUUUCCUUUUAUCAUGUUUAUAGAUGCAUAUUUUUUAUUAUAUUAGACUUUUAAUUGUAAAGAUAAUGGUGGCUUAUAAUGUUCAUUUAACAAAGAUAACGAUGUGAUAUUGAUGUAAGGAUAAGUAAUUGACCUUAUAGGAAA